UCAAGUGACGUCAAAGUGUCUGCAGGUGUUGGAAGAGGCGCAGUAUUGGCGUAAGAGACGCUUAAAACGGCUUUUAACGAUGGCUUCAGCUACAGACAACCGUUAUGGACAAAAGGAGUCUUCUGACCAGAACUUUGAUUACAUGUUCAAAAUCCUGAUCAUCGGGAAUAGCAGCGUUGGCAAGACCAGCUUUCUGUUUCGUUAUGCAGAUGACUCCUUCACGCCAGCGUUCGUAAGCACGGUGGGCAUCGACUUCAAGGUGAAGACCAUCUACAGGAACGACAAGAGGAUAAAGCUGCAAAUCUGGGACACAGCAGGGCAGGAGCGCUACAGAACCAUCACCACCGCUUAUUACCGUGGAGCCAUGGGAUUCAUCCUCAUGUAUGACAUUACCAACGAGGAGUCUUUCGCAGCAGUGCAAGACUGGUCCACACAGAUCAAGACAUACUCAUGGGAUAACGCCCAGGUGCUUCUUGUGGGCAACAAGUGUGACAUGGAGGAUGAGAGAGUCGUGGCCUCUGAAAGGGGCAGACAGCUCUCUGAGCAUCUUGGUUUUGAAUAUUUCGAAGCCAGUGCCAAGGACAACAUUAAUGUUAAACAAACCUUCGAGCGGUUGGUGGACAUAAUCUGUGAGAAGAUGUCAGAGAGCCUGGAUGCUGCCGAUCCUGCAGUGACGGGAGCCAAACAAGGGCCGCAGCUUACAGAGCAGCCCGCCGCCCCGCACCAGGACUGCGCCUGCUGAAAAUCCCACAGCUCUGUCUGCACUGCCUUGCACCAAUACACACACACACACACACACACACACACGAAAAAAAAAAACAGGUUUAGGUAUUUAAAAAAGAAAAACAAGAAACACAAAACCCUCAGUUCUGCUUACUGCCUCCUAUGGCCACACCCUAUAGCUCCUCCCCCUUCUUUAAGAUUGCUCGUUUUUACAUUUAAAACUUGAUUUUAUUUAAUGCAAGAUCCAUCAAAUUUUAAAAGCAAAGCCAUAGAGAUUGAUUAGGAGUGAAAUUAUGAUUCAAGAGUUUAACCCUAGACCUAAGUUUAAAAUUUAGGGGCCCAAUGGGCACUUUGAUGUCAAUACGACGUAAAAAAAAAAAAAAAACGUUAAAGAUGCAAAUCGAUUUGAUGUCAAUUGGCAAUUAAAACUACAAUAACUUUAACAUAGGCAAUUUUUGACGUGUUUUUGAUGCCAAUGUUAGAUGUCAUUAUGGGAUACAAAAUCCAUUGUAAAUUUCGAAUUUGUAUUCAUCGGAAAGCUUCAAUUACAAAUUCGAAAAUUACAAUGGAUUUUGCAUUCCUACAAAGCAAAUAACAUUAAGUUGACAUCUAACAUUGGCGAUUUUUGACAUGUUUUUGACACCAAUGUUAGAUGUCAAAUAGAUGUAAUUUUGACAUCAAAAUAGUUUCCAUGUGUUGUAAGGAUACAAAAUCCAUUGUAAUUUUUAGAAUUUUUGAUCGAAGCUUUCAGAUGAAUACAAGUUUUCUUAUAUUAGAAUACUUUUGGAGGUCAAAAGAGCAUCAAUGUGUGGAUGUCAAAUUGACGUUAAGGUUUUGACAUCAAAUAGACAUCAAUGCAUUUUUUUAAUUGACAUUAAGGUAGGAUUGUCACAAUACUGGAAUACUUUGGAAUUUGGAAUCGAUACUGACUUUUUUAAACCAUCUAUUUAUCGUGAACAUUUAAGCGCUGUUGAGCUCGUUCUUAAACAUGUUCAUUUGCUCAACGGAAAAGAUUGCGGAGAAGGUCAUCAGUUCACGAAACUUAUCGUUGCUUUCUAAGUGCAACUACAUAUACACGCACAGUGGAGCCACGAUUCAACAGUGGACCACUCGUAUGUCAGCUCAUAGACAAACCAGCUGAUCGACGUGACGUUUGAAGCGCUCCAGUGUCCCUGUAACUGUGUUUACACUCAGUAAACAGCGGUGAGUUCGGUGAACUGAUGACUUUCACGAUCUUUUGCUGUCACAAAACACCAAAACACAUUUUUUGAGACGUUGACAGUCAUAUAUCUAUCCCACGUUGCUAAAAACACGAUUAGGACACAUAUAUAUCACAAAAAAAAAUGAAAACAGGUUGUUUUUGCAUUAUUUCAAGCAAAUUCGUUCUUCCGGUUUAAAAAGAAAUUUUUAAGAAACGUCAUGGCCAUGAGAUCCUUGUGUAAAUUCCAGCGUGGAGAUUGGCUGUUAGUACCGGCCGGUGCAAAAUGACGUCAUUGAGUUUAACAUCUGUUCAUUUAUUAAUGAGAAUGACUUGGUUCGAACCAAUCAGUGCACUCUAUUGUGAAUGAGGUGCAACUUCAUUAAUAUGCAUAAUAGCUUCGAAGACUGUUUUUACUUGUUUCAAUGUUCAGAUAGACAGCACUUUGUGUUGCCAGCUGUAAUUCGAAUUAGUAAAAGAAUUGUUCGGAGACACGGGUCGUCAGUGUUGCAUUUAUAAUUGUGCCCCCGCGAUGACAACACCGCUCAUUUGUGGAUCCACAUGUGUGGAUUACAGUGGUCUGCUAACAUGCGACAAAAAUACAUUUGUAAGGAGCAUUUUUUACCCGAGAGCUUUGCGCAUCUGGAAAUAGUGAAAUCAGACAUACCUUAGUCGAAAUUAUUUAAUUACUAAGUUUAUAGUAAUAUCGCUACAAUAUUAUGGACUGAAAAUCCUCCACUUCCACACAGCUCUCAGAUGUAAAUGCUACUCUCUGAAUCACUGUCUAUCUCCCCUGCGUCUGUGUUUGUGUUGCAGCUGUGAAAAUCAGCUGUAAUGCAUGUACUGAAACUCCCCUUUUCAUGCAAAUCUUUCGCCACUCGACACGUCCACCUAAACAAAGCUGGACUCACCCAGUUUCCUGAAUUUUUUCUAACUAGACAGGGGGGUUUCAUGACCCUUUACGUGCUUUAACGUGCUCAAUAGCGCUCAGAUGUUCGCGGGAAAUGGGCGUCUUAAAAAUUUCAGUACCGAUUGAUACCGAAUUCAAGUAUCGUGACAACCCUACAUCAAGGUGCCCAAUGGGGAGGUGUGAUUGGGCCCAACUUUGCUUUAGCACACAGUAUCAGUUAUCUUUAAACUUUUCAAUGCCUUCAUUUCACUUCAUGUUUUACGAUUUGUUUUUCCUCCGCACUUCCAUAUCCCUCAUUAUUUAAGAACAAAUAUAAAAAAAAGAGGAAUAGGGGAGUUUCUGUAUUUAUUCCAGAUGUGUACAUAAUAAAUACAGUUCAGUAUUUAAAUGAUGCAGUUAGAUAUGCAUAUCUAAAAUGUUUUGUUAUUUUAUUUUGUUGAAAAUGACUAAUUCAGACAUAUAUAUAAAUAUAUAUAUAUAUAAAGAAAGAUAGAGAAGUCAAUUAAUGCUCUUUUCAUGGUAAUUCUUUGCAGUGCUCGUCACAAACCUUUCUUGCUUAUUUAUAUUUGUGACAUUGUAUCUUGUUCACUGCCUUGCCUCAUGUUAUUUCAGUCCCGGGACUGAAAGCCAGAUAUCAUACACGAACAUUCCUUAAUGUAAAUUCGCAUGGAAGGAAAUAAAGCCAUUUAGGCAAAUAGUGGUAGGAUUCCUUUCGAAAUGCUUCGUUAAAAAAAAAACUAGUCAAGUAUAUUUCUAGGCAGAAUUGGAGUCUGAUUUGCAGUCACGCUGUUGCUUAUUUCAUUAUAAUAGCUGUAAGCUCGACCUACACCGUGUACUAUCAAUAAUACUCCUAUAUGCUCUCAAAAUUACUAAGAUUUGACUGGAAUUUCCCCAUUAGGACUUUCUAGACUGGUGUGUCCUGUGAACGAUUAUAUGUGGCUCUGUGAAAAAACCAGGCCUGCAACUAUAAUGCAAAUGAUCAGUUUCCAAAAAGACAAAAAAAAGCCCAAGAGUAUUAACGUUUACAUGUGUAAGGCCCUCCCUGAUUAUUCCUGCAUAUUUCCUUUUGCUAUUCUGUCUUCCUUUUGUGAAAACCUACUGUAAAUACAUUUGGGUCUUUGGUUUUAUGUGUGAUCUGUGUCGUAUUGAUUCUGGGCUUUAAAAAAAAACUAUCUAGGUGAUAUUAAACAAAAUAAUGAGAAAAAAAGAACUUUAAAGAGGAUAUAACGGAUGUUCUUUCCCUGCUGUUGUGUAUGCCUGCUCGUGAAUGAAUGUGUCACUUUUAAUAUAGAGCAAUAUUGAAGAAAAUACAUUUUAACGUGUCGCAGAUUAUUUAUCAUUCUGUUAACAUAAACAGAACAUUUUUGGGGGUAGGAUGUGAUGGAUAUGUGGUUGAUUAAGUGGUUUAAGUCCUAGUUGCAAAGUACUGUUGUAAACCAAAGCAGGCAGAUAGACAGUCGUGUCUAUUGUGGAGCAGGUUUGCUGGAAUUUAAAAGAACACCACUUUCGGGCAGGAAAUAAGCUCAUUUUACAAUUCCCCUAGAGGUAAACAGCUCAGUUUUACCGUUUUUGAAUCCAUUCAGCUGAUCUCCAGGACUGGCGAGAGCACUUUUAGCUUAGCUCAGCAUAAAUCAUUGAAUCAGAUUAGACCAUUAGCAUCUCGCACCUUUGCUGCUGUACCAUAUCUGCAGCAGGCGCAAUAUUUAACAGCUCAGUUUUACCAUUUUUGAAUCUAUUCAGCUGAUGUCCGGGUCUGGCAAGAACACUUUUAGCGUAGCUUAGCAUACAUCAUUGAAUCGGAUUAGACCAUUAGCAUCUUGCAUCUUUGCUGCCGUACCAUGUCUGCAGCAGGCACAAUAUUGUGCAUAAUACUGUUCAGUGUGUAAAUGAUGGCGUUAGAGAUGCAUAUCUAAAAUGUUAUUUUAAUUUGUUAAAAAAAAUUACUAAUUCAGAAAUCAUGUAGCUUAGCAUAGCAUAAAUCAUUGAAUCGGAUUAGAUCAUUAGCAUCUCGCAUAUUUGCUGCCGUACCAUGUCUGCAGCAGGCACAAUAUUUAACGGCUCAGUUUUACCAUUUUUGAAUCCAUUCAGCCAAUCUCCAAGUCUGGUGAGAGCACUUUUAGUUUAGCUUAGCAUAAAUCAUUGAAUCAGAUUAGACCUUUAGCAUCUCGCAUCUUUGCCUCUGUACCAUUCCUGCAGCAGGUGCAAUAUUAAACAGCUCAGUUUUUCCAUUUUUGAAUCCAUUCAGCCAAUCUUCGGGUCUGGCAAGAGCAGUUUUAGCUUACCUUAGCAUAAAUCAUUGAAUCGGAUUAGACCAUUAGCAUCUCGCAUCUUUGCUGCCGUACCAUGUCUGCAGCAGGCACAAUAUUAAACAGCUCAGUUUUACCAUUUUUAAUCCAUUCAGCCAAUCUCCGGGACUAGCGAGAGCACUUUUAGCUUAGCUUAGCAUAAAUCAUUGAAUAAGAUUAGUACAUUAGCCUCUCGCAUUUUUGCUGCCUUUCCAUAGCUGCAGCAGGCACAAUGAUAUAGUGCAGCACCUAGCUGGGGAAUAUUUUUAGGUGCCGUAUAAUACGGACAGUUUAGUUUAUUCAAUUCGCCUAUAGCGCAUGUCUUUGGACUUUGGGGGAAACCAGAGCACCUGGAGGAAACCAACACAGGGCAUUCCACACAGAAAUGCUAAUAAUCAAGGCUAAAUAGCAAAAAUAUUGAAAUUUUUGAGUGGGAUGCUAAUGGUCUAAUCCGAUUCAAUGAUUUAUGCUAAGCUAAGCUAAAACGGCUACCUCCAGACUUGGAAAUUGGUUAAAUUGAUUAAAUAACGGUAAAACUAAACUGUUUACCAUUAGGUGAUGUGUAAAAUGAGCCUGUUUCUAAAAAAAGUGGAGUGUUCCUUUAAAAUCUAGACUAUAUUUGUGGCAAAUGCUGUUAAAACAGAUCAAACUCUGUUAGAUGUUAACAUUUAAUGUAGGUCAGAAGAGUCAUUGCUAAAAUCCACAAGGCCCAGGACAAAUUGCUGGUCCAAAUCUCAACAAACACUCGAUACCAUACACGCGACCCGAAUAUAAGAAGUGAGGAUAUCUUUAUUGACAUCAUAGCUCCAUGUAAAAUAGCCACGCUAUAUUCAGAUGUGUUAAUCAUGACUAAGAGUUUGUUUUCCAUUUCCUACAUGUUUAUCUGGAUUAUUUGUACUCAUGCUUUCCAUUGUGAUUCAGUUUUUUUUAUUUUUGAUAUUAUUUCGUUUUUCUGAUAAUCGGAGUGUGAUGUACAAGGGGAAAAAAUACACUAAUAUGCAGUAGUAAAUGUACUGUACUUACAAUAAGGGGUUUGGUGUCAAAGUGUCCAGUGGUGAAAUUUACCAAAUCAACUGUCUAUGUUGUGAAAAUGACUGAAGUUAUUCAAAUAAAGGUUUGUGCUGUUUACUUGAGA